AUGCAUGUUGGAGGACCUAAUAGUUCUCAUAAUAAUGCUUGGAGAAACUGUGAAGCCUUAUUAAACCAAAAGCAACAUAUUGAAACAGUUAUCUCAAAACAAACUAACCAAGAUCAAAUUGAUUAUCGAACUCAAUUAGGUGCAUCAAUUGGUGUUAGUAGAAUUCUCUUUCAACAAGGUCUUCCAUUUCGUGGGCAUGAUGAAUCUGAAAAUUCACUCAACCAAGGAAACUUUCUUGAAAUUCUAUGGUGGCUACGUCAUUAUAAUGAGGGUAUAAAGGCUGUCACGCUAGAAAAUGCUCCUGAAAAUUUGAAAUUGACAUCACCUGAUAUUCAGAAAGACAUCUCAAGUGCUAUUUCGUAUGAAAUCAUCAAUGCAAUCACUAGUGAUAUUAAUGAUUCUUUAUUUUCCAUUCUUGUUGAUGAAUCACGAGACAAGUCUUCAAAGGAGCAAAUGGCCAUUGUAUUGCGCUAUGUGGAUAAGGGUCAUGUGAUAGAGCGCUUUGUAGGUAUUGAGCAUGUUGCAGAUACUAAAGCUUCCUCACUCAAGUUAGCCAUUGAUGAUUUCUUUUCUAGACAUGGAUUGAGCAUAUCAAAAUUGCGUGGGCAAGGCUAUGAUGGGGCAAGUAAUAUGCAAGAAAUUGGAGAUCUCUUUACUAUGGUUUCUUCUGUGGUGAAUGUUAUGGUGGCAUCUUCUAAGCGUCGUGAUAUUCUUAGAGAGAAACAUGCUCAUGUAGUUUUGGAAGCACUAGAAAAUAAUGAGCUUUCAAGUGGACAAGGUUUGAAUCAAGAUACUACUCUUAAGCGGGUUUUAGGGAUCACAAACGAUUUAUCACAAGCAUUGCAAAAGAAGGAUCAAGAUAUUGUGAAUGCAAUGAACUUGAUCAAUAUAUGCAAAGGAAGAUUGCAAAGGAUGCGAGAAAGUGGUUGGGAAUCCUUAUUUGAUGAAGUUUCAUCCUUUUGUGACAAGAAUCGUAUUAAAAUUCCUAGCAUGGAUGAUAUUUUUACAAGUGGAGAGCGACCAAACCGAAAAGCUCAUCCCAUCACAAACGUGCACCAUUAUCGGGUUGAUUUAUUCACCGAUGUCAUAGAUGAACAACUCACUCAGUUAAAUGAUCGAUUUACUGAGAAGAAUACUGAACUACUUCUUUGUGUGGCAUGUUUAAGUCCAAACAUGACCUCUAAUAGUGAGUUUGCAGAUUUGAAAGGAAUUAGUGAUCUUGCACAAAAGAUGGUUGGAACCAAGAAAGAUCAUACUUAUCCGUUAGUGUACUUGCUUUUGACACUGGCACUCAUCUUACCGGUUGCAACAGCAAGUGUAGAGAGAGUCUUUUCUGCUAUGAACAUUGUUAAGAACACCUUACGCAAUCGAAUGAGUGAUUUGUGGAUGAACGAUUGUUUGGUUGCUUAUAUUGAAAAGGAUAUUUUUAAUAGUAUAGAGGAGGAGGCUAUCAUGCAACGGUUUCAAAAUAUGAAAACUCGUCAAGGACAAUUAUUUUAA